AUGGCUCCACCACCACUACGUCCUGAGAACGCUCUGAAGAGAGCCGACGAGUUGAUCUCGGUCAAUGAGAAGCCAGCUGCUCUACAGUCUUUGUAUGAGUUCAUUACUGCCAGAAGAAUUAGAUAUGCUACUCCUUCCCAAGUUGAGCCAAUUGUGUUCAAGUUUUUGGAACUAGGUGUUGAGUUGAAGAAAGGUAAGUUGAUCAAGGAUGCACUAUACCAAUACAAGAAGCUGGUCCACGGUUCUGCUGAAGGUUUGGUUUCCGUUGGUGCUGUUCUAAGAAAGUUCAUUGACUAUGUUGAGACUAAGUUGGCCUCUGAACAAGCCAAGGCUGAAGAAAAGCAAAAAGAAGAAGUUUCUGAUGAUCUUGAAGGUGGUGUUACCCCAGAAAACUUGUUGUCCUCAGUCUACGAAGCCGACCACUCCGUCGCUGGUUUCAACGAUGAAGCUUUGAACUCUUGGAUGAGAUUCAGUUGGGAAUCAUACCGUACUGCUCUGGAUCUACUAAGAAACAACUCUCAACUAGAAAUCACAUAUUCUGGUGUUGUUUCCAGAACCAUGCAAUUCUGUCUAAAGCACCAACGUAAGAAUGAAUUCAAGAGAUUGGCUGAGAUGCUGCGUCAACAUUUGGAUACUGCUAAUUAUCAUCAAAGCAAAUUUGGCAGCAACCAAGUUGAUUUGAGUGACGCUGACACUCUACAACGUUACUUGGAUCAAAGAUUCCAAUUGGUUGAUGCUUCUGUUAAGUUAGGUCUGUGGCAUGAGGCUUACAAGGCCGCCGAAGAUGUCUAUCACUUGAUGAAGAUGACCACACGUAAGCCAAAGAGCUCCACCUUGGCUAACUACUUUGAAAACUUGGUUCAAAUUUUCUUGGUUUCUGGUGAUCAAAUUUUGCAUACUUUGGCUUGGAAGAAGUACUUUGAAUUGUACUCCACUAACCCAAAUGCCACUGAAGAGGAGUUUAAGAAGAUUGCCUCUACCAUCUUCUUAUCUGCUUUGUCCAUCCAAUUGGAUGAUUUGCCAAAUGUUCGUUACAACUACCAAUCUCGUUCCUACCGUCUACUAGAUGUUGAGACUAAGCCAACCAGAAAGGAAGUCAUUCAAUCUAUUGUUGAAGAUGAUACUAUCUUCUCCAGAGUUGAUGCCGAGACAAAGACCUUAUAUGAAAUCAUGGAGGUUGAAUUCGAUGGUGAAAGCUUCAAGGGUAAGUUUGAAGCCAUUCUGCCAAAACUAGAAGGUGAAUCCUAUUUCGCUAACUACUCUGUAUCUUUGAGAGAUGUCAUCAUUAGAAGAAUGUUUGUCUUUGCCUCUCAAAAAUAUGAAGACAUCUCAUUGAAUGACCUAUACUCCUCUGUCACAUUUUCUUCUUCUUUUAAACUAAGUGAAUGGGAUAUUGAAAAGCAAUUGUUGCAAGCUGCUGUUGAUGACUACGUCUCUUUCCAAUUGGACCAUGAACAAAACAAGGUCACUUUCGUGAAGGAUCCAUUAGUUAACUUCGCUGCUAUUAAGGAAGAAGAAGUUGAAGAAGAGGAAGAAGAAGAAGAGGAAGAGGAAGAGGAAGAGAAGGAAGCUGAGGGUGCAGAAGGUGCAGAAGGUGAUACCGAAGAAGGUCAAGAAGCCGUUGCCGAACCAGAGCCUGUCAUCAAGCGUAACUACUACAUCCGUAAGAGACUUUCUGAGCUUUACGAGAAGUUGCUUGAGGACACCGAUUACAACACUGUUUCUUAUCUAGAUAAGGUUAGAAUUGCCCGUGAAGCUUUGAUCAAGCACACCAAGGACACUAUCGAAGAUAUGAAGAAGAACUCUGAGGAAAGAGCUAAGAUGCACCAAGAGAGAAGAAGACAACACAUGGAAUCUGCUGCUAUGAACGCUGAGAAGGAUGCUGAGCAAAGACAAAAGCGUAUCAUGGAAGAAAGAGCCUCCAUUGAAGCCAAGUUGGAGGAAGAAGCUCACCGUCGUCUGAUCGAAAAGAAAAAGCGUGAGUUUGAAGAAGUUAAGCAACGUGAAAUCCGUAAGUUGGUUGAUGAAUUGAAUGCCAAGGGUAACGGUACCAAGGUUGAAUACGAUGAAGUCAAGGAUAUGGAUAUCCCAGAUAUCACGAAGUACUUCGUUAACAGAUUGUCUAAGAACAAGGAUGAAUUGGAAGAACGUAUGAACUUUGCUGUCAAGAGAAUGGAUCACUUGGAGAGAGCAUACAGAAAGGUUGAAUUGCCUUUGUUAAAGAAGCAAGCCGAUGAAUUGCGAGCAACUGACGAGGUCAACUUCGGUAACAUGAAGAAGAAGAUUGUUGAUGCUGCUAAGGCUGAGUAUGAGGCUAAGAUGGAAGACUACAACAGAGUAUCAUCUGUGUUUGACGACUACAAGACCUUGAGAGACCGCAUGUUGGCUGCACACAACGAAAAGUUUGCUGCUAUUCGUGCUGAGAAUGCCGCUAAGUUAGAGGCUGCCAAGAAGGCUAGAAUUGAGGAAGUCCGUAAACAGCGUUACGAAGAGUUGCUUGCUAGAAGCGAAGCCGAGAAGAAGGCUGCUGAGGAAGCUGAAAGAAGAGCCAAGCUUGACGAAAUUGCUAGAAAGCAAAGAGAGAUGGAAGAGGCUUUGGAAAGGAAGUCUGCUGCCAGAACUUUCACCCAACCAAGAGCACCAGUUGUUCCAAACGCCAACUUGGACGAGAUCGCCAGAAAGCAAAGAGAAAUGGAAGAAGCCAUUGAAAGAAAGCUUGCUGGUAAGUCUGCUGCUCCAGCUCCAGCUCCAGCUCCAGCUGCUUCCACCCCAGCUGCUUCUACCCCAGCUGCUCCAGGUAAGAUGUCCUUCGCUGAGAGAAUGAGAUUGAAGAGACAACAACAACAACAAAAAUAA